AUGCCUCGUCGUGGGCCAUCCUUCUUUCCGUUCCUUUUUUUGGGGGUGCUUGCCAUCUUCCUCGGUGUACACACACACACACAUGCCCCGAGGGCAAAGUCCACGGGGCGCUUUCGCGCGCGCUCGCACGCGGCCUGGUGGACUGAGCAGUCCAUACAAAAAAGCGUCCGAAUGGUGGUGGAUCGAGCAGACGAAAAAACGGUGGCCCUGAAGCUAUUUGGACAAUUUUGGAUCGAUGAGUCCUCAAUUUGUGGCCCUGAAAUCCAGUUUCAGCUUGAUGUUAGAUCUGCUCCACUGGUGACCUUUCCACAGAACCAAUUCAGGUGGUGA